ACUGGAGGGUACUGGAUACCAGCACAAAUUUCUGGGAUUACAUGAUGGAGAAUUGCCUUUGUGUCAUACACACUGACAUUGUGGUGGUCUGGAACUUUUAUGAUCCUUGCCAAUAUUUGAAUAGUGAGGAAUUCUGUAAGGUGAUGAUCAGCAUGGUUGACAGGGUCGAUGCACCGGCCAAGUCAAAUCCCAAUCUCUCUCGUAGCAACGCAUUAUCUGGGAGCCCCAUACCUCUUAUGGCUCUAGCUCCCGUAAUCCUACCAUUAAAUGCCAUUGGCAAGUGGGUUUAUGAAUCUUACCAGCGACUACAAGGUGCCCCUACAAAGUUCAUGGCUUACAUCAUUGACUUGACACAUGUACUGGGGAUCCUGUUUUCACUCACAGCUGGCAUGAGAGCAAAAAAGCUUACUUGCAUGGCAAUUAAGGUGGCAUAUAAUGCCUUCCUUAGAUUGCAAUGGAUAACAUACACCCACAAGGACAUUAGUGUUUUUGGAUGUCUGAGUAUGGCUCGUGAUGUGAUUCUCGAGAAGAUUACAUCCAUGAUCCCUUCAGGCGACAGGGAGGUUCUAGUGUCUACGAUGCCCGAAAGGAUGCUAUCAGUUGACCUGGGGAAAGAUGAGGAGUGGGUGGGCCAAGAAGUCCUGCAGUGAAGCUUGUGCUUUCAUUUGGCAUAUGUUCCUGAUGUUUUGUGUACUUUCAUUAGUUCUCCUGUUGUAUCACAGUUUGCCUUGUCUUGCUAUAUUUGCAUGUUGUAGCUGACUUGGAUUGAGUGUUUUUUGACAGAGAAGUCUUCGAGCAGUUGUCUGUAAUACCUACACUAUUGUCCACCUUACAGCCC